GUAUAUCUAUCCGUCUCUAGAACCUGAUCUCGGCGGCAACGGGGAUGAACCUGACCACGGUAGACGACCCCGUCCAGAGGAAGUUCCUCCCCAGCUUCCUGAGGGGCGUGGCCGAGGAGAACAAGCUUGUGACGUCACCCAAUUUCGUGGUCACCCAGGCCCUCGUGGCGCUACUCGCUGAUAAAGGGGCCCGGCUCAGACCCAACUAUGACAAGGCUGACGCGGAGAAGAGAGGACCUCUGGAGCUGGCCAACGCGCUGGCUGCUUGCUGCCUGUCUUCUCGUCUGUCCUCGGGACACCGGCAGUGGGCCGCUCAGCAGCUGGUCCGCACGCUGGCCGCUCACGACAGAGACAACCAGAGCCGGCCGCAAACCUUUGCCGACAUGGCGGGUGACCUGCGCAAGUGCUCUUCUGUGAAGUUGGAGGCUCACCAGAGCAGGGUCAUCACGUGUGGUUGGUGCAGUAGGAAAGGCCUGCUGGCCACCAGCGGUAACGACGGAACAGUCCGGGUGUGGAGCGUAACUCAGAACCAGUACACCCUCCAACUGACCUGCGUCUUCAACAGGACUGCUGGUUCUCCAGAGGAGGGUGGGCAGUGUCUUGGUUCCCCAGGGGACCCCAGUCUGUCUCCUCUGGUCUGGAACGUUACAGGGAAAUACCUGGCAGCUGCCAUGGAGAAACUAGUCAACAUCUGGCAGGUCACCGGUGGUAAAGGUCUUCUGGACGUGCAGCCCCACUGGGUGUCAGCUCUGGCCUGGCCGGAGGGAGAAGCCGUGUCCCUGUGGUGCGGGGAACCCAAAGAUGUGUUGCUGGUAGGACGUAUGGAUGGAUCCCUGGGCCUUAUAGAGGUCCACGAUGCCUGCACCAUGCGGCGCACCGAGCUGGAGCACUGCUACCGGAAAGAUGUGUCAGUGAUCCACAUCGCCUGGUACAGCGAGGACAGACCGUUCGCCGUGGGCUACGCUGACGGCAAGCUGCUGAUUGGCACCAAAGAGCCUCUGGAGAAAGGAGCUGUCGUGGUCAUCGAUGCCCAUAAGGAGUCCAUCACCAGUAUAAAGUGGGAUCCUACUGGUCAGAUGCUGUUGACCUGUGCCAAAGAGGACGUUGUGAAGCUAUGGUCCAGCCCUGGGUCAGGGUCAAACCCCGGAGCAGGCUGGAAGUGUCUGCAGAGCCUACCCCACCCUGCCCAGGUCAAUGGAGUGGCCUGGUGUGGUCUGACUGGACACGGAGCCAAACCUCUCAACAUGCUGGCCACGUGUUGCCAAAACGGACUGGUGUCAGUCUGGACCGUACCUCAAGACGCCUCUGCCUUCCCAGAAUCCACCUCUUCUGGCUCCGAGGCCCGGAGGGACAACGAACCCAAAGCCAAACGCAAGCAGCAGCAGAGUUCCAGCAGGCGUGUGGAGGGGGCGGUGUGUGUGUUCCAGCUGAAGGGUCAUAUCACCCCGGUGAGGACAGUAGUCUUCAGCCCUGACGGCCUGGCCCUGGUGUCUGGAGGCGUGGGAGGCCUCAUGAACAUCUGGUCUCUCCGGGACGGCUCAGUGCUCCAGACAGUAAUAGCCGGGUCAGGAGCCAUCCAGAACAUAGUCUGGAUCCCAGAUGUGGGCGUGGCCGUCUGCUCCAACAGGUCAAAGGAUGUGUUGGUGGUGAACUGCUCGACAGACUUCAUGUCCUCUCACCAGGUGCUAGCCACCUGCCGGACGGCGCUGAAGAAGCAGGGGGUUGUGGGAUUGAACAUGGCUCCGUGCAUGAGAGCCUUCCUGGAGAGGCUGCCUGUUAUGCUGCAGGAGCAGUACUCAUACGAGAAGCCCCACGUCGUGUGUGGAGAACAGCUAGUCCACAGCCCCUACAUGCAGUGCCUGGCCUCUUUGGCCGUGGGGUUACACCUGGAUCAGCUCCUGUGUUCCCCUCCCGUUCCCCCCCACCUCCGCCUCUGUCCCCUGGAGCCAGCCACCUGUACCUGGUCACCCGGCGAGUGGGCGUGGCUAGACUGCUUCUCCACCACGGUGAAGGCAGCGGAGGCCCUGGCUCGGGGCAACACGUUCCCAGAGGCCUUUGCUGUUCCCGACCUGGAGCCUGUCCCCAAGGAGGAGAUGGUCCUUCUCAUGGACAACAGGACAUGGGGUUCUGGUAUGGAUGAACAGCUCAUGUCGUGGGCCACCUCCAGACCUGAGGACUGGCACCUGGGAGGGAAGUGUGAUGUGUUUCUGUGGGGAGCUGGUCGACACGGACAGCUGGCAGAGGCUGGCAGAAACAUCCUGGUGCCCACCAACGCACCCUCCUUCUCACAGGCACAACAGGUGGUGUGUGGUCAGAACUGUACGUUUGUGAUUCAGGCUAACGGGACAGUGUUAGCCUGUGGGGAGGGCAGCUACGGCAGACUGGGUCAGGGCAACUCUGAUGAUCUGCAUGUCCUCACUGUCAUCUCAGCCCUGCAAGGUACGCUAUGGAGGACU